GAUUCUUCUGGAGGCUAUCGCGGAGCACCUGGCUGACAUAAGAGCACAGCAGAAGGAGGUUGUUGCCCGUGUUAGUCGGAAAGUCCUGAGCCUGCAGGAUCUCCUUCCGCCCAGUCCUUUCCAGGUUGCGGCCCUCAGUCUACGAGACAUUGUCCCAGCUUGUCGGCAUGGUGAGGAUCGCUGGUGGGAGGCAGAUUGGCUAGAUGCUGAUUUGCGAGUUUACCUGCGAGAUCCCUCCAUUAAGGCGGCUUGGAAGGCUCACUACGCCGGUAUGCCCACAUGGGGUGCGUCGAAAGAGCCUCCGGAGGGGCUCGUGCGCCUUUUGAUCUAUACGGAUGGUUCUGCUCCAGGACAGGAUCCUUCAGAUAUUCUGCCAGCCGCGUGGGCAAUGGCAGUGUGGGCCGAGUGUUCGGCCGGGUUGUACUUCGUGGGGGCAAGCGCUCACACGACAGCGCCUCCAAACACUCCUUUUCAUCUUGGAGAGUUGCAGGAAACGGCCUUGACAGCCGAGUUGCUAGCACUGGCUUGGGCGCUAGCCUGGUCCCUGGAUUUCGGAUAUAAGGCCGGGGUGCCUCUGGAAUUCAGGUAUGAUGCAACCUCCGCCGGAGGGGGUGUUUUUGGCAGCCAGAAGUUGCCUGUCUUGCAUGGGCCCGAUGGAGAAGGGCUCGCGCCUUUUGUUGCUCAGCUAAGGCUGACCCUGACGCAGCGAGCCAAGGUGGAUCACAUGCGCGUCAAGGGCCAUUCAGGGGAGUUGGGCAACGAACUGUGCGAUAUCAUGGCACGUUUCUGUCGUAAAAACCCCAGCAGUGCGUACGACCGUUGCCUGCCCACAUGGCCGGCAGCAUGGUACAAGCAUGAGCUUUGGAGUUGGGGUUGGUUGUCCAGAUACUCCGGGCCCUUGUACCCUUCUCUUCCUGCCUUCGAGGCGGAGGCUUUUAGGCUGCAGGGCCAGGUACGGCAUGCUGAGCCGCCAAAGCUGGGGACGCAACGCAAGGCCUUCAGGCGGGCUGAGGUUUUGUAUCAGGUCUCGUUGGCCACCUACAACGUCCUGACUCUGCUAGAUCCGGGGGCUGUGAAGCACAGAGCGGCUCGGGCUUCGGAUCCGGGGCUCAUGAUAGCAGGCAAGCGUGAUAUUUUGAAGAAGCAGUUCUUGCAAAGGGGCCUCUGGAUGAUAGGCAUGCAGGAGACUCGUCUUCCUACCAGUGCCAUUUUGCCUGAUAAAGAGUUCCUAAUGUUAAACUCGGCUGCAGAUGAACAUGGGCAUUACGGAUGCUCCCUGUGGAUUAACCUUGCACAUGUUUAUGCAGAGGAGAAUGGAGUCAAGCACAGGGUUCGAAAGGAACAGGUUGUGGUGACCCAUCUCUCCUCUCGGCACCUACAGGUUAGGCUUGAGGCGCCCAGGCUACAAUUGACCAUUUUGGUGCUUCAUGCGCCAAGGAUAGCGGCACAGGGUUUAGACUGUGUCGAAGCGUUCUGGAGCGACCGUGCAAGAGAGCUUCGGCCGCACUCGCUCACUUCUGAAUGUGUUGUCCUGGCCGAUGCCAAUGCACAUUUAGGAUCCGUCCUCUCCGACGGCAUUGGGCCGGAUGGGGCGGAGGAAGAAAAUUCAGAGGGGAGGUUUGUCCAGAACUUCCUUCAGCAGGUAGGCUGUUUUGCACCUUCUACAUUCGGUGAAAUCCACAGAGGUGAGCACUGGACAUGGUGUGCGCCGGGGAUUGGUGGGGUCAAGCAUAGGCUUGACUAUGUUUUAGUGCCUCUUAUGUGGCGGUCCUUUGAACAGGGCACCUCAGUUUGGUACGACCUCGAGUCAUUGCAGACUAGGAGGGAUCAUAUGCCUUUGACGUAUUGGUGUACCUUCUGUAAAAGCCAGCCCGCCACGCACUACCACACUUCUGUGCGUCAGUCGGUCAGACCUCCUCGGGACCUUGCGCCUACUGACAGGAAGGACUUUGCCUAUCGGGUUGCUGCCUUGCAGCAGGUGCAUUGGCUCGCGGACGUCGAUGCCCAAUAUGCCUGUAAGGUGCAGCAGCUGCUGGACAUAGGUGCACGUUUUGUGGAGCCUCCACAGCGCAAGCCGACAAAUGAGUAUCUGGCAGCCAGCACCAUAGAUUUGGUGCAAGAACGGCGGGACUACCGGGCCUACAUGUGUCAGGAGGAGCAGGAGCUGAAACGUAGGCUCAUGAUGAUAGUGUUUGUUGCAUUCCGCCUGCUCAGUCGCGGGCAGGUUUUCACGGAUGCCAUGCAGCGGUUGGCAGGAGAAUGGCUGGCUGACAUCGAUCAUAGUCUAGCCCAGGCCUUAGAGCGAUAUGGAGAGCUGACAGUCGCCAUUCGGGCGGCUGUCAAAAGGGACCGGGUUAAGUAUCUGGAAGGUCUCUCUGAGGCGGUAACCCUGCAGGACCUUCGCCAUCCCAGAGCUCUGUAUGCUUCGGUCCGUAAGGCGUUCCCCAGGGCAGCCUCGUCGCGCAGGUCGUUGUUCCAACCGCUACCAGCCGUCCGUCUGUCGGACGGCACUCUCGCGCAGGGGCCGGAGGCCAAGGCGCUGAGGUGGACAGAGUUUUUCCAAGCGCAAGAGGCAGGACUACAGGUCACGGCAGCAGAGUAUAGCGAGAGAUUCCGGGCCUCCGGAACGGCAGUGUUCCCCGAUGGUUGCGUGUUUGACGUGAAUGCGCUUCCAGGCAUAGGGGAGCUGGAACAGCAACUCCACGUGGCCAAGUACGGCAAAGCUAGUGGGCCGGAUGCCAUUACGGCCGAGCUUCUGCGGGUUUCAGUCCCGCAUGUUGCGGCGCAUCUUUUUCAGGUGUGCCUCAAGGCCGCGCUUCAGGUUAAGGAACCCGUAGAGUGGCGUGGUGGGGCACUCCUGUGCCUCGCCAAGCGCGCAGCAGCUGCCUUUGAGUGUAAGGCCUUCCGCUCUAUCCUAGUUGCGAGUGUUGUUUCGAAAGCCCAUCAUAGGCUUUUGAGGGCGAAGCUGAUGCCGGCCUUCCAGGGCUAUAAAACCGAGCUCCAGAGUGGGCAGAUGGCUGGUACGGGAGUUGACUCCCUCUCGCUUCUAGUGCGCACUUAUCAACUGCGAGCGCAGCAACGCAGGCAAGUCAGCUCGCUGACGUUUUUUGACGUGAAAGCUGCGUUUUACAGGGUGAUACGACAGGCACUUUUGAAGGCGGCGCCGGAUUCGGGGGAUAAGGAAUUCCUGGAGGUGUUGUAUGAUCUGGGAGUGCCAGCGGAUGCGUUGCCGGAGUUGGUCUCACACCUCCGGAAUAUGGCGGUCCUGGCCGAAUCAGGGGUUGGGCCACAUAUGCAAGCGCAAGUCAGCGAUCUUUUUCAAGGUAGCUGGUUCCGCAUGGACGGGGCGGGCCCCCUGGUCGCGACCCGGCGAGGGACGCGACCAGAGGACCCCCUCGCCGACCUGCUUUUCGCAUUUUCAUUCACGGCAUAUUUGCGUUGUGCGGAGCGCGCGUUGCAGGCCAAGGGCCUCAGCACGCAGCUGGAUGCUCCGAGGCAUGAGGUGCCAGCAGGUCUAGAGACAUCCGCUGGGCCGAAGCCGCCUGAGGCUGCAUCUGGGCCUGAGACUCCUGCUCAGGACGAUGCAGCCUCCACCAUAAAGGUGAAAUCACUGUGA